AUGUACAUAAAAUCAGUGAAAGCUACCCGCCUAAAAAUGACGGACAUAGAGUCUGAUAGAAUUAGUUGCUUGUUGGAUCAACUUAUAGACAAUAUUCUCUCAUAUUUGUCAAUUAAGGAGGCAGGGAGAACUAGUGUUUUAUCCCGCAAAUGGGGGAAGAAAUGGUCCACACAACCAGAUCUUGUGUUCGAUAAACGAAGUGUAUCUACUUUGGCUCUGGAAGACCUUUCAAUUAUACGGCGCAAGUUUUUGAGGAUGAUUGAUCAUGUACUUUUACUUCACUCUGGCCCAAUCAACAAGUUCAAGCUCUCCAACUCCGGUUCUAAUAUCAUGGAUGUGAACUCUCUGGCUGAUAUUCAUCGCUGGAUUCUUCAUCUAACCGGAAGCAAUCAACGUAGAUUGCAUGGAUGCUCUAGCAAUUUGCUCAAGCUUUUCGAUCAUCAACCUCACAUUGUGAGGCUAGUGAUUGGUGAUUAUUUUCUAAAGUACUUGGCUGCAGGUGUUGUGCCAGUAAAGCUGCCUACUCCUUGUAUGAAUCUAACAUAUCUUGGUUUAUUAAUAAACUUCAUUGAUUCGAAGGAAAUUUCGGUUGUUCUUUGCUUGCUCAAAAGUUCACCAAAGAUUCGAGAGUUCACAAUGUUUGCGAUAGAGAAGCAGCCUGGCCUUUUAACACCCGCUUCAUACUGUUGUGAAGAUAUCUUUUCAAAGCCAGACAUCCCCCUCGGAUUGCGAUAUGAUAACAUAGAGGAUAUCUCCGGUAACAAAUUUGAAUUAGAUUUUAUCAAAUAUUUACUUCUAUAUUCUCCUGUGUUAGAAAAUAUGAUUGUGAAGCCUACUCAAAAUGUUAAACCGGAGUUGAUGACAGAAUUAAUCUGUUUCAAGAGAGCGUCGAGCCAGGCCGAAGUUAUUUACCGUGGAAAAGAUUCUUGA